AUGGAAAUAGUAUUUACUCAAAAACAUCCAAUUCAAUAUGGAACUUAUAUACCUGAAAAGUUUAAUGUAAUUGGAAAAUAUUGUUUUCAAAAAUGUUAUAAUGUUGUUGAUUUUGAUAUUCCAACACAUAUUACUAGAUUAGAGGAGUAUUGUUUUGAUGAAUGUACAUCAUUGGUAUCAAUUAGUAUACCUACAUCAAUUAGUGAAUUACCUGAUUGUUGUUUUAAAUGGUGUACAUCAUUACCAUCAAUUAAUAUACCAUCAUCUGUUAGUAAAAUAGGAGAAAGUUGUUUUUGGGGAUGUUCAUCAUUAAAAUCAAUUAAUAUACCAUCACUAAUUAGUGAAUUACCUUAUGGUUGUUUUAGUUGGUGUUCAUCAUUAACAUCAAUUGAUAUACCAUCAUCAAUUAGUGUAUUAGGAAAUUGUUGUUUUCAAGGAUGUUUAUCGUUAAAUUCAAUUAAUAUUCCAUCAUCAAUUAGUAAAUUAGGAAAUAAAUGUUUUGAUGGAUGUUCAUUAAAAUCAAUUAAUAUACCAUCAUCUAUUAGUGGAUUAGGAAAUUAUUGUUUUGAUGGAUGUCAUUCAUUAACAUCAAUUAAUAUACCAACGUCUGUUAUUGAAAUAGAAGAAUGUUGUUUUUGUAGAUGUUUUUCAUUAACUAGAAUUGAUAUCCAA